UUUAUCAGAGCAGAGCAGGCUGGUCUCCAGCACAGAGCGUGGGGGAGAGGGAGGAAGAAGGACCCAGAGGGGGGUGACGUGUGUGUGUCCCCUUGCGCCUGCCCGUCUGCCUGCACCCCAGGAAUGGGGGCCCCAGUAACCUGCCUGCUGCUCCUCCUGCACCUCACAGCUGGGACGUCUGCAGAGCCGCACUAUGUGGUGGUGAGCCCAGCCGAGCUCUACCACCCGCACACGGGGACGGUGUCAGUUCAUCUCAGCGACCUCAACGAGACCGUCCGGGUGAGCGUCCGGCUGGAGAGGGGGGAUGGGCCCAGCGCUAUCGCCCUGCUGGAGAGAGAGGUCCGGGAGCCCCGUCUGCACGAGAACGUGCGCUUCCAGGUUCCAGCCCCGUCCGGGGGGCAGCAGGAAGUGGCGGAGCUGCACGUCUCGAUCCGGGGAGAUGCCCUGCAGUUCUCUGAGCGAAAGAAGGUGCUGCUGCGGGCGCUGCAGCCCAGGGCCUUUGUGCAGACGGACAAGGCCGUCUACAAGCCAGGACAGACAGUGAAGUUUCGAAUCGUCAGUUUGGACAAAGACUUCGUUCCCAGUACCCGGAAGCUGCCCCUGGUGACCGUGCAGGAUCCCAGCGGGAACCGCAUCGCCCAGUGGCGAGAUGUGACUCCGCAGCAGGGCAUCGUGGAUCUGUCCCUCCCGCUGUCUGCAGAGCCGGCCCUGGGGACGUACGCCAUCGAGGCGCAGGGGACGAGGCACUCGUUCAGCGUGGAGGAAUACGGUGCGCAGCGGGGCCCAGUGCUGCCCAAGUUCGAAGUGACUCUGGAGCUGCCCCCCGUGGUGACGGUGCUGGAUGAGACGCUCCUGCUGCGGGUGUGCGGCCGAUACACCUACGGGAAGCCCGUCCUGGGGAGGGUCCAGGCCAGCCUGUGUCUGGAGGAACAACCAGUAUAUCACUGGAACCGUCUUCAUGCCGAGCAAACCGUGACUCUAUGCACGGAGCUUACCGGCCAGACUGACAGCAACGGCUGCUUUUCCAGAGAGGUGGGGACGGCUCCCUUCAACCUGACCCGCUCUGACUACAAGCUGAGCCUCCAGGCCCAGGCGUCUCUCGUGGAGGACGGGACAGGGGUGGAGCUCAAUGUGACCAAGAGCUGUGACAUCGUGUCUGAAAUCGCUACGGUGACCUUUGAGGACGCUGACGAGACUUACAAGGCUGGAAUCCCCUACACUGGCAAGAUGCUCCUGAAGGUGGCAGGUGGCUCUGCACUGAAAAAUGAGAAGCUGCAGCUCUUUGUUAGCUCUGGGAAUAAGAAUAAGAAGAAGACCUUCCUGACGGACGAGUCUGGCAGAGCCUCCUUCGAGCUGAACACCUCCGGCUGGACCGGGAGGGUCACUCUGAGGGGGCACUUCAAGCCGGUGAACAACAGCGCUGAGCAUGACAGAGUCUCUCCUAGUUACUGGGAUGCCCAUCGUUACCCGGAGCCCUUCUACUCCAAGAGCCAGAGUUUCCUGAAGAUCCGCUGGCUGGGAGGGGGGCUGCCCUGCGACCAGGCCCAGCAGCUCCAGGUGGAUUACGUCAUUGCUAGGGAGGCCCUGGGGAACGGGUCCAGGAGCCUGGAGUUCAUCUUCCUGGUCGUGGCCAAGGGAGCCAUCGCCAGGAUCCUCCACAAGGGGCUGGACCUCAGGGAGGGGGCUGGGCUGAAGGGCUCCUUCUUGGUGGAGCUGCCCGUCGGCGCUGACCUGGCGCCCGCUGCCAAGGUGCUGGGUUACACGGUGCUGCCCGAUGGCGAGAUGGCUACUGACCGCGCCCGACUGCAUGUGGCCAAGUGCCUCCCGAACAAGGUGAAGCUGGCCUUCUCGCAGGACCGGGCCCUGCCGGGCUCAGAGCUCCAGCUGCGGGUGCAGGCUGCCCCCGGGUCCCUGUGCGCCGUCCGCGCCGUGGAUCAGAGCGUGCUGCUCAGGAAGCCCGAGGCCGAGCUCAGCGUCGACACAGUCUAUAACCUGCUCCCUGAUUUUCCCCGAGGAGACUAUCCCGACGCAGUGCGAGAGCCUGAGUCAUGUCCUUCUGUGACCUCUCCCCUUCUAGUUCCUCACUGCGGUGCCUUAGGUCCCAGGCGGAGGUGUCGCAGAGGGACUAGCAGCUGGACUCUCCCUCAGCCUGACGCCUACAGCCUGUUUAAGGAUGCAGCUUUGAAAAUUCUCACCAACACCAACACCAAGAAGCCCUGUGAACAUGGAUACUCUUUAACACGUCGUGCUGUCCUACCCUCACCUGUCUGGCUGGGACCCGCAUUGUCCUCAGCAGCAAGUGUGGACAGUGCAGCAGGGACCCCAGUGAGCAAUGCCCGGCCCGUGCCAGAACCCGGCACGCAGGAGGAGGCAGCGCCACGUCCGUACUUCCCAGAGACGUGGCUGUGGGACCUGGUGCCUGUGGGCGAGGGGGGCUCCAAGGACGUCCCAGUCUCGGUGCCCGACACCAUCACGGAGUGGAAAGCUGGGAUGUUCUGCACGGCGGAGCUGGGCUUUGGGCUCUCGCCCACGGCCACCUUCACGGCCUUCAAACCCUUCUUUGUGGAGCUGGCCUUGCCGUACUCCGUGAUCCGGGGAGAGGCCUUCGCCCUAAAGGCCACCGUCUUCAACUACCUGCGGCAGUGCAUCAAGGUGCGGGUGACGCUGGCGGAGUCUGCGCAGUUCCAGGUGCAGGUGGGCGAGGACGGCGCCUACACCAGCUGCCUCUGUGCAGACGAAGGGAAAACCUUCCAGUGGGAGGUGACGGCGAGCAGCCUGGGGGAGGUGAACUUCACCGUCAGCGCCGAGGCUCUGCGCACCGAGGAGCUGUGCGGCACAGAGCUGGCCAUGGUGCCGGCCCAGGGGCAAGUGGACACCGUGAUAAAGCCCCUGCUGGUCCAGCCGGAGGGGAUCCUGGAGGAGAAGGUGCACAGCUUCCUGCUCUGCCAGGAAGCCUCCGAAGAAAUCUCCUUGCAGCUGCCUGCGAACGUCCUGGCGGGGUCCGAGCGGGCCCAUGUGACUGUCCUGGGAGACAUAAUGGGCACGGCUCUGCAGAACAUAGACCGCCUGCUGGCCAUGCCCUACGGCAAUGGAGAGCAGAACAUGGUCUGGUUCGCUCAUAACAUCUACAUCCAGCAGUACCUGGAGAAGAGCGGGCAGCUGAGCCCAGAGAUCAGAGACGAGGCCAAGGGAUUCCUCCAGAGAGGCUACCAGCUCGAGCUGCUCUAUAAGCACAACGACGGCUCUUACAGCAUCUCUGGGGAGAGCGACGCCAGGGGCAACACCUGGCUGACGGCCUUCGUUCUCAAGUCCUUUGGCCAGGCCAGGCCCUACAUCUCCAUCGACGAGAAGCACCUAGAGGACGCCCUAAGGUGGCUGCAGAGCCGCCAGCUGUUGAGCGGCUGCUUCUGCAGUGUGGCGAACCUGCAGGGCGGCAUGGUGGAUGAGCUCUCUGUCUCGGCUUACAUCACGGCGGCGCUGCUGGAGCUGGGGCAGCCGCUUACGGACCCCAUGGUGACCAGGGCCCUCCAGUGCCUCCGGGAGUCGAGCACCAGCGACCUCUACACGCAGGCGCUGCUGGCCUACGCCUUCGGGCUGGCGGGGAGCACUGAGCUGCGGGACGCCCUCCUGCAGCGCCUGGCCCAGCACAGCAUCAGCGCCGGGGAACAUCUGUACUGGAAGGGGAAGCCCAGCUCCUACGGGAACGAGGCCCCAUCGGCGGCGGCAAUGACGGCUUACGUGCUCCUGGCCUAUCUCUCCCUGCCCAACAUGUCUGCUGCCAACAUGACAACCGCCGCCCAGAGCGGCCUCUGGCUCAGCAAGCAGCAGAACCUCUACAAGGACUUCACCCCCACACAGGACACGGUGGUGGCCCUGCAGGCCCUGGCCAAAUACGCAGCCCUGACGUACAGUGCGAACGGGGCUGUGUCGGUGACGGUGAGCUCCCAGGCUGGGGCCCGGCAGCAAUUCCACGUGGACAACGCCAACCGGCUGGUGCUGCAGCAAGCGGCCCUGCAGGAGAUCCCCGGGCAGUACACGGUGCGGGCCAGCGGCGAGGGCUGUGCCUUUGUGCAGCUGAUCCUGCGCUACAACGUGCCGCCCCCAAAGAGCGCCGCGACCUUUGACCUGUGGGUGGAGACGGAGCCGAAGGAGUGCACCGAGAACGCCACAUCCCGCUUCAGCCUCGUGCUGCACGCCCGGUACAGCGGGGAGCACCCAGCCACCAACAUGGCCAUCAUCAAGGCCAAGCUGCCGUCCGGCUACACCCCCGUCAGGAGAUCCCUGCGGCAGCUGGAGAAGCAGCGUUUGGUGAAGAGGCUGGAGGUGCGGAAGGACCAGGUGACGCUCUAUCUGGACCAGCUGACGGAGGAAGCGGAAAGUUUCACCUUCUCCCUGGAGCAGGAUUUCCCUGUGAAGAAUCUCAGAGCAGCCCCAGUGAGACUGUACGAUUACGAGACAAGUGAACACACAGAGGCUGAGUACAGCGCCCCCUGCAGCUCAGCCCCUGAUGCCGACACGAUGGAAAAUUCCCGCUGAAGCCCCCGCCCCUGCUGCGUAGCACCCUCCCCUCCCGUCCCAAGAGCCCCGCACCGGCAGCCAGACACCCCAGGAUCGGGGAGAGGGGGGCCAUGGACAAGCCUCGUCUCAGCUGCUGCUUCUGGGACCCUCUGCCCUAUUCCCUGGCCCUGGGCUGGAAGGAGGCUGCAGCCCCGCGGUCGAGACACGGACUCUUAGCGCCUUCUUCUGCCAACGCCCCCCAGCUCACUCUGGAAACAUCCCACCUGCUCCUGUGACAAGUUACCCCAGAAAUGAGGAGGAUGGGGGGGAGAUUAGCGCAAAAAUGAACGGACACUUUGGGCAGGGUCAGUUGCCCGGGUGCCCCUGCCAACAGCUCCCCCCACUGCAGACAGCUGCCCCCGUGCAGACAGCUCCCCCCCGCCCCCCUGCAGACAGCUCCCCCCGCUGGGUCAGUAUCAGGGACCAGCCCACCUAGGACCAGCUGCUGGCCUGCUCCCUAACUGCACUGCUAGCCCAGAUUGCAAUGGACAGAGCACCCACGGCCCCUGCCUCGCUCACCCUCUAGAGCCUGGUCACAUCCAUUGUGUCAGCAGCAUCUGGGGACCACCCCCUCCUUUGCCCCCCCUGCGGUAGCUUUUGCAACCCUUUCACCCAUUCAGCAAGUUAGUAGUUCUCAGCCUCAGCUGCCUGGUCCGAGAGAGCAACCCUUGCAGUCCCAUCCCCCCCUUGCUACGGAAGUGGUUGCUCCGUUUGUCUCUAGCCCCAGCGAGGGGCUUUUGGAAGCUGUGGUUCAUGCCAAUUCACCUUUGCUGAGAGCAUCCAGAAGCGAGGAGGAUCCUGGAGAGAGUAAGGCCAGAAUUUCCAGGCCAACAUACCAACACGUGGCCAGAUUUCUCAGCAGUCAGCAUGCCAGGUGCAGGUGAGGUUCUGGGGCCUGCCGUGUGCAGAUCUGUCCCCCAGCCAGGGGAGGAAGGCAAGGGGGUGGAGUCCAGGAGUUUGGAGGCAAAGGGGAUGUCGGGUCCUGGCUUGUCCCCAGCCCAUGGAGGAGCCGCUGCCACGCCCAGCGUCUUUUUUCAGGCCAUUUUAUUUCCCAAACAUGAGCAAAACCAACAAAACAAAUCCUCAGCCCGUGCUCAGGGAUUUCCUCCUUUGCCUCUCAGUCCCUCCUGCUUCAGGGCCUUUGGCAGGAUUCUUCUGUACCCCUCUGAGAGCGCAUCACCUCCCAGGGCGUUUCCUCCAGCACGUUCCCACUGCCUCCUGCUCCGUGAGCAUCCCCUGUCCUUACUGCCAGCCUGGCUGUCCAGAGCCCCAGGUGCUGCCCCACUCUUGUGAUUGGCCACACUGGGAGCCCCUGUUCUAGCAAGGGGAGCUGGACCUGCUUCAUUUGCAGAGCCAGCUACCCCGGGACAGGGGAGCAGAUGGGGAGGUAGCCACAGGGGGACAGAGGGAAGGAGUCUGAGCUUAGAGGAAGCAGUUGAGGGAAAGGAGCCAGAGGAGGGUGAUUUUGAAGUUGAGAGUGAGAGACGGUGCAAAGGCCUGGGCGGUGUGUGCACCCCCACCCCGUUUGGGGAGCCCAGCCGCCUGCCCCGCCUCUUUAGCCCCAGGCCCUGUCCCCACUCUGCCCCUCCUGCGCUGUCGCAGGCUGGCACUCCCCUCCCCCGGCGCGCUUCUGGGCUGCCUACAAACCCCCAGCCAUGUUUCCGACACAUGAUUUCCUCAUCCAUGAACUACAUGUAACUCAAAUGGGCCCCCCCUCCUCCCAGUCAUGUCAUUGUUUCUAGGUGUAGGAUUACACCAGAGUCGCAGGAAGAUACUGUCAGGUUCUUCUUUUUCACAU